AUGAAGUACAAAUUCACAGAUGUCCUGAAGAUGACUGUGACAGAAAGGAAAGUUGUCGAUCAGGGAGAAGAGAGCCGUUUAAUACUGGCUCUGGUAAGCGCGAUGUCCAAUCUCGAGCGUGCCGAGAAUGCCAAGAGUGAGGGGGAGUCGAUAGUGCAUCGGAUGACGGACCGAACAGUAUCGGAUACCGGGUCGAGCUAUCAUUCUGGACAAAAGGAGUAA